ACGCUUGUACUUAUUUAGGUAUCUUUCUUCCCUCUCUCACAGGAGUUUUUGUCCACUGUCACUCUGUGUUUAAUGUUAGUUGAUGAUUGGAUGGUCAUCAUUUUAUUUAUUCCUCCAUACCAAGUUAUUUGCCCUUUAAACACUCAUCAUGAAAGUUUUUAGCACUUACUUCGUCGUCGCCUUACAGAUACUUCUUCAAAUUGGUGUCGCUCAGUGUCACAAGUUUGUCAAAAAGGAGAGCAAAAUCCUUUUACUCUCGCCAUUCGCCGUCCCAAGUCACAACAUUUUGUUCGAAGCGAUCUUGGAAAUAUUGGCCAGCACCCACCCGGAAGACUACCAGCUCACCUAUGUCACAAACUCAGAACGAAAAUUCGACAACGAGUUUGAAAACGUGCGAAUGUUUAGACAAUUUACCGUGAAAGAAUUCAUGGAAAGUUUUCCAUCCGCCGAAAAUGCACCUUUUCCUUUUGUCCAUGUCGCCCAAUUCUGUCGUCAAAUGUAUGCAAAUCCUGACUUUGUAAAGCUCAUGGCACGAGGACAGUAUGAUUUGAUCAUUGUCAACGGGUUUAUACACGAGUGUCUUUUCGGCUCUCUGCACUUGAUGGAAACGCCAUUUAUAGUCUUUACAUCAACGCUACCACCUUCAUACGUGACAGAGCCCACAGGAAAUUUCAUGCCUUUUUCAAUAGCACCAGUGACGGUCACUUCCUUCUCGGAUAGGAUGACUUUUACAGAACGCUUACAAAAUCUGGGCAAAACGUUGGGUGGGAAAUUUUUCGUGCCAUGGAUUAUGAUGCCGACGUUCGAAUCUGUCUACUACGAUCAGUUCGGAAGGCAUUUGCCACGAGUUUCUGAAAUUAUGCGAAACGCGAGCCUGAUAAUUUCAAAUAGUCACUUUUCUAUUUUACCACCCAGACCAGUUUUACCAGAUUUCAUAGAAAUUGGUGGAAUUCAUUGCAGAGAAGGGAGAGAGCUCCCACAUAGUCUGGACAGAUUUAUAUCGGAAUCUGAGAAUGGAGUAAUUCUAUUGGCCUUUGGAUCCAUGAUAAAGUGGGAAGAAAUCCAGGAAUCAUUUUCUGAUGCUAUGAUAGCAGCAAUUGCCAGCUUGGAGCAGCGUAUUAUUUGGAGAUUAGGCAAAGACUUGAACACGUAUCCAGAACAUUUGGCUCGUAAGCUCAACACCUUGAAAAAUGUCAUGUUUUUAAAGAAUGUCCCGCAACAGGAUAUUUUAGCUCAUUCAAACGUCAAACUGUUUAUUAGUCAUGGUGGGAUGCUAAGUGUAAUGGAAGCCGUGUAUCAUGCAGUGCCCAUCCUGGCAGUUCCGCUGGGGAUGGACCAGAAGCUGAAUAUGAGACGAAUUACAGACUUCGGUUCUGGGAUUGCAUUGAGUUUUAAGGAUGUCACCAAUCAUACACUUACGACAGCCAUUUCAGAGGUCAUUGGCGAACACAACUCAAGCAUUCGCCAGCGCAUGAAAGAGCAUUCGAAGCUUUUUCGGGAUCGGGCACAAUCUCCGGACGAGGUUUUCCUCUACUGGGUGGACUACGUUCUUCGACAUGGUGGAACUGGACAGUUUCUUCGAUCCGGAGCCAGAGAUCUCAACAUUUUGCAAUUUUAUUCUUUUGACACGGGUGCAUUUUUAGUUGCACUUAUAUUCUUAGUGAUGACCGCAAUUAAAGUACUUAUUCGUUUCUGUGCUACAUAUAUGCGGAAAAUGUGUUCAGCAACUAUUCAAAAAGUUAAGCAGACGUAGCUGAUAAGUAGAUAUGUAAAUAAUUAAAUUUUAUAUUGCCCAUUUUACAAGUUUGAUGUUCUAUUUGACCUACGAUGUUGGUUCGCAACGACAUAUGGCAUAUACCCUAAAAUUCUAUAUUAUAUUUGCUAUCUUCAUGUGUCUAAUUUCUCAAGUCCGAAGAAUAAACGUUCAGUAUUCAAGUUACAAA